CUCCCUCGCUUCAGACGCCUGACCCCUCCCAUCUCUACGCUCCCGUCCACCCAGCGCUGCGCAUCCAGAGUGCACCUCACUUGCAUCGCAGUCGCCUAGCAGCUGUCACUUUACUGUGCUUCACGGCUGCUGCGCCUCGCGACAGCUGAACAGCAUCGUCGCCGCCCUUUGCGCGCUGCGGCCACGUCCAUCUCCGACUUCGCCCUCUCGCACCCUGCGCGCUGUGCGCCCCAUCUAGUUCUCGAUAUUCUGUCAUAAUAUCAUACUCAUACCCCAAUCAUGGUCGCAAAACGGGCUUUGCCGGAGAAGACAAAUGGCCUGCUCGAGCCUGAGCAUUCUCCGCCUUACGAGUCGCUUGUGGAUAGGCGCCGGCUGGGCCAGACGAACCUUGCUGUGAAGCCUGGCAUCGUGGGUGUCACAAAUGCCUCGCGGGCGGAAAAUUUGGGCACAUUCGACUACGCGCACUUGCGGGUACCCCUACCCAAGGAUCUCGCCGGAUCGGGCAUCUUUACCCUUAAGACAGCCACCUCAUACCCGGAAUCGUAUUUUUUGAUGAGACGAAGCAGUGAUGGAUACAUUAGCGCAACUGGAAUGUUCAAGGCUGCCUUCCCGUGGGCGUCGCUCACUGAGGAAGAGUCGGAGCGCAGAUAUCAAAAGACUUUCCCGUCAGCAGGCCCUGAUGAGGUGGCGGGGAGCGUUUGGGUCGCGCCAGAAGAGGCCCUCCAGUUGUCCGAAGAAUACGGCAUGCGUCCCUGGAUUGAGGCGCUACUUGACCCUCGCCCGAUUGAGAAAGGCACCAAGGACCGACACAACACCCACAUUGCAAUGCCUCCUCGAUUCGAUAUCCACAAGGUCACCAUAGCGCCGGUCGUUCUACCCCCGACUUCUGCUUUGCGCCCGACCCGGGCACGAUCAUCGCGCUCAGCUUCUCCCAGCAAGAUUGCGACCCCGAGCCGGAAGAUGGCGAGCCCGCGCAAGUCCCGCGCGACGCGAAACUCGGCUAAACCCGAGGCCUUGAAAACCGAGGACGUUUUUGAGACGAUCAAGGUUAUUGAGAAUGGAACGGGAGUGUCGGAAUCCGUUGCGUCCGAGUCAUUAAAUGGCGAGGUGAAGGAGGCGGAUUCCAUUCACAUUGAAGUGCAGGAGACUGUCGAGCAGAACGGUGACGUGGAUACCGUGUCCACCAAAGUGCAGGUUGAUCUUCCCGCUAGCUCCGCAGAGCUUCCAGCCCUCGAGAACCCGGAGAAGUUGAUCGAGGAAGCGACGAAGAUGGUUGAAGAGGCUCAGAAACUUGAAGGUGUGGCCGUGAACGGAGUCAAAUCAUCAAAGCGCAAGAUCGAAGAAUUGUCAAAGGGCGAAGAUGACGACGCGGAAGCAUCGGAAGAGCGACCAACCAAGCAGGCAAAAACCGUCCCCAACCCAACACAACAAUUAAAGAAGGAGAAGGCAACGAGGAGAGCGCUUGUGGGUCUCGGUGUUAUGACGGCGGUCGGGGCUGCUGUUCAGUACUUCAUGACAGCAUGAGUUUCAGAUCUGGUCUUCAUUUUCCGAGCCGAUCUACUUCCUUGAUGUUACGGUCUCGAUUGACGUCUUGGCUACUUUGCGUUCCCCUUCCCCUUUUCCAUACAUGCAGAUACCAUCCCCUUUGUUCUAUUAUGUUCUUCAUCUAUGUGCGUCACGGCGCAGGUUGUGUGGUGUUUAUCUGUCCCUUGAUUUCGAUGGCGUUGGAAGAAUAGCACUGCGUUUGCCCAUAUCACACCCUAGCACUCUCACUGCAGGACCACUUUUGUUACCGCGAUAGGAGCUGCAACGGCAGCUAGCCAUGAGUAGAUCUUUUUAAUUCCAUCCCUCACCUUCCUCUUCACUCCUCAAUGCACAUCCUCCCGCCCACCGACACUCAUCCGUGUCAGUCCCGCUAACGGCGGGUGAAAACGACUGCAUCUGGUAGCUAGAAACCAAUGAAGCUAUCUGGAGACGCUCCGUCUUCAAAUAACCUUGA